AUGUCUAGUCCCGAGGAACAAGAGUUUAGUGCUCAGGAUAGACUAGUGUUGGAGAACGAAGCGAAAAAUGUCGAGAGCAACAAGGAUGAUGAUCCCAUGACUAAAGCCAUAGGAGCUAUAGGAAAGUGGCAAAUAUGGAUAUGCUUUGUGGUGUUUCUCGUAAAAUUCCCAGUGGCCUGGCAUCAGAUGAGCAUAAUAUUUCUUGCACCUCCCAUGGAAUUUUCUUGCGCUGAUGAUGAGGAAUGGAUUAGAAACCAAUGCUUGUCAAACUGUACUAAAUAUAAAUAUGACCAUAGCGUUUUUGGCGAAACAAUCGUGUCGCAGUGGAAUCUCAUAUGUGAUAGAGAAUGGCUCAAAAAUCUUACUCAAACAAUCUUUAUGCUUGGCAUCCUUGUGGGGAAUAUGGCUUUCGGACACCUUUCAGACAGAUUCGGACGCAAGCUACCUUUUGUAGCAGCAGUCAUUCUCCAACUAAUAGCUGGAGUGGCUACAGCAUACUCUGUUAAUUGGUACAUGUUCACUACACUCCGGUUCCUCUUGGCCGUCGCUACUGGAGGCACUAUGGUGACAAGCUUCGUACUGAUAAUGGAACUCAUAGGAACGAAGUACAGAGACACUGUUGGGAUCCUUUACCAAAUACCAUUUAACAUUGGUCAUCUAACUUUGCCUCUAUUCGGCUAUUAUUUACGCAAUUGGAGCACGUUUCAAUUGGCUAUCUCUCUGCCAUCAAUUUUGUUUUUAAGUUACUACUUCUUACUUCCUGAAUCGCCGAGAUGGCUUAUGACAGCUGGUAGAGCUGACGAUGCGUUAAAAAUAUUGAAAACAGCAGCUAAAAGGAAUGGUCGACCAACAGAAAAUAUAGACUCAUCUAUCCAAAAAUUGGCAGCGGAAGUACACAGUACACAUGAAAGUGUGUCUUUCUUUGCGCUCUUUAAAACCCCACGUUUGCGUGCUCGAACAAUCGCCAUAUGCUUUAAUUGGUUCGUUUGCGGCUUUUGCUUUUUUGGAGUCUCUCAGUACAUCGGUCAUGUGUCUGGAAACAUAUUUUCUAACGUCGCUAUAUCUGCCUCAAUAUUGAUACCAGGAACUUUAAUCUCGAUAUACACAAACAAAGCACUUGGUCGUAAAAUCACACUCAUCGGCUCCAACUGCGUUACUGGUCUCAGUUGCCUGCUUAUCAUCGUGAUUCCACAAUCUACUGCCAGCCAUUUAACUCUAGGUUGCGCCGGCUUAUGGGGCAUGAGUAUUUCGUUUGCAACAGUGUACUUGUACGCGGGAGAGCUAUUUCCUACAGUUGUAAGAAAUUCUGGUGUAGGACUUUCUUCUACGGUUGCUAGAAUUGGUUCCAUGUUGGCUCCGUUUGUAGCUACUCUCGCUCAUACGAGCGCCUGGUUACCACCUUUGGCCUUUGGUAUUGUUCCCCUUAUUGGAGCGGGUCUUUGUAUAAUAUUACCCGAUACAAGAGGAAAGAAAUUACCCGACACAUUAGAAGAGGGUGAGGAGGCA